AUGGCCGAGAUUCGAAGAGCCGUCGCUUUUGCGGCGCCUCUGAAAGGAUCAGAGGAGGACAAUGAGGAUCCUCGCGAGAACUCGGUUACGGCUUACCAAGCCCAUCUUGCCAAGCUAUCAUCGCCCCCACCCAGGGCUUCUGAGCCCAAUGAAAACCAUCAGCCGUCCAACCCAGCAGCCCUGAAUCAUCUUCAAUACAAAUGGCCCGGUCAGACAGGCAGAGGAAUCCAGCAUUUGGAUGUGAGGCCAAUGUUAUUCAAUGAUAUCUUGUCCAAGAAUCGUAUUGUGAUACCCCUCUUCCAAAGACGGUACAUUUGGACCGAAAAGCAAAUCCGGCAGUGGUUUCGAGAUGUGGCUAUGCCUGGCGGAGUGCACCGUACGCAUAAGACUAUGUUCAAACGUGAUACCAAUGGUACGCUAAUUUGCGUGGACGGACAGCAGCGUCUCACCACUGCCACCUUGCUUCUCGCGGCUCUACGAAAGCAUUGUCGCAGGACUGGACUCACGGCGACUGUGAGGAGCAUUGAUGCUCUUCUCUUCAACAAAGCUUUGGCCCCUGUAAAACGUUGGGCAGAAGAAGAGGCCAAACAUCUGGUCCAAGAAGCGCAAUCCCAAGCCGACCAAUACCAAUGGAAAAUGAGACCGUUUCCGUCUGGGUGGCUGCCAGAGGAGUUUGAGACAACCCUGGUGCCCUCGUUCGUGGACCGCGCUUCCUACUUUGAAAUCAUCUGUCAGGACCACGUCCUGGAAGCGCUGGAAAAGCAGCAUGCAUCCUCCUAUCUUGGGUUUUCCUCCGAAUGCCAGAGCUCAGUCCAGCACAAGACAUUCCGGAUCUUCUCGCAAGAGAUCUCUCGCCUCGUAGGCAACGGUGCCAAGAACAAGCUUCAAAGCCUCUUUCGCAAGCAGACGGAUGGGUUCAGUCUCAUGUACAUUGAGUUGCUGACCAAUGACAACAUCCAGCAGGUCUUUCUCUGGAUGCAGGAAAAGACUGUUUUUGGCAUGGGCCGUCUCUUGUUUAAUCCACAUCCUGGUGUCGACUUCAAGCCCAUUGACUUGACCCGAAACUUGGUGGUAUCCAGUGUCAUGAACCGACCUCUGGAGGAACAAAUGGAGUUUUAUCAAAAGUGCUGGGUCACGCCGUUGGAGGAUCGCUUUGGGACCGAUCAACUGGAGAGAAUUCUGGAGCAUUUGGUGGAGCGUGUCACUACUGAGAAGCCAAAAGAAGAACGAUAUGUUGGAAAUAUGGAGAAGCAGCUGGAGAUGCAAUUAGCCAUGGCACCGGUCGCCAUGCAGGAGAGCCUGUUUCCGGAGGACAUGCCCAUGAUGGUGUAUGCAAAGUUCCAUUCCUGGGUCCAAAAGAGGGCCAAUGAUCUGGAAGGAGAUGCCAAUGCCAUAACCAUAGCUGUGGCCGAUUCCGUUGUUCGAGAUCUGGUUCGAGAGGGAGAGAGCAUGGACCACAUGGACAUCUUGUAA